AUGAUUGGGUUGGACAAACGCUAUGUAUGGGCUGUGUUGCCCUUUAUUGGUUUUGCCAUUGGCCACUUCUUAGAUAAGAAGGAAACCGAACGUAUGGUACUGUUCCGUGAUAAGAGCGCACUCUAUGCUCGUCCAGCCGGUUCAGAAGGCAAACCUCCAUCUUGGUAACUACCAUGGCGUUUAUAAGUAAAAAAUUGUCCACUUUAAGUACCAUUAAAAGAAAUGUGAAAUAAGAAAGUUUGUGUUUUAAAUAAAUGCAAAUGUUGUAAACGAAA